ACUAAAGUCUAAACGCGCCCGUCCGACCCAAGUGCCUGCCUCGCCUGUCGAUCUUCGGCCGCCAUUGAAGAAUCUGGCACAAGGGCUUCUUAACCUCUUUCUGUGAUCGUCGCUGCUUCAUCUUAUUUUUACGCUUUCCAUUCUUCUCAAUUUCUUAGCCUACGGUUUCAACAAAUGGCCGCUGGUGGGAAUUUCAUUCAUCGAGUUAUCUCUUACGUCGCUAAUGAGCUGAUUGUGAAUGGGCUUGCCAACAGUCCCAAAUUCCAGAGGUUUGCAGUGAGGACUUCGAAGAAGAUGGAAGAAAUUUCUGAUCUUGCUGCUGAGAAGAAAAAAGAAAUAGCAGAGCAAAUAAAGGAUGCAUCCAAGAACUUCGAGUCAUUCAAGAAGCAGUGAAGUGUUGUUGAUCAAUUGCGGGAAGGGAUGAGCUGAUAGAUUGGAUCCAAAGUGAUUCCAGAGAUGAUAAAUUAACACUGCACAAAUAUGAGUAUGAUAAUACUUUAGUUAUAAUGCCUGUGUGUGGUUUUGGAUUGGAUUGGAGAGGAUGACAUUGUCCAUUACCCAACUGAAACCUUGAGAUUCCUCCUCCCAUCCUAUGAUUUCUCAUUCCGUCUUAGUAAUUUUCCUUUUCCACAGUCACCUUCGAUCCUAGAGUCUUGUCUUGUAUUUUUUAUGAAGGAAGGAAGUUGUUGAACUUUUAUUGUAUUAGAUCAUAUAGCCAAACUUCUCUCUUCUUUAUUCCAUUGUAUUCAAUGGACAAAUAUGUGACAUAUUUAGUUCAUUUGUUGCCAAAUGGAUCGAUUAAUUGGUUACUCCUCA